UUGCCUUCACGUCAUCUCGUGUUGUAUUUCCUCGUCCCCUCCCAGACAAAUAACGACUCCAUUUUGUUUGAAUCUGGAAUUUGCAGUAGCUGUCGACUGGUAGUGACGCAUAAACGCACAGGCAUCUUAGAAAGACGCUAAUCCAGAAACAUGAGCGGCUGUCGGAUUUUCAUCGGCCGCCUGAGCCCCUCGGCCCGGGAGAAGGAUGUGGAGAGGUUCUUCAAAGGAUACGGACGCAUCCGAGAUAUUGACCUAAAAAGAGGCUUCGGGUUUGUGGAGUUUGAUGAUCCCAGGGAUGCCGAAGAUGCUGUGUACGAGCUUGAUGGCAAAGAGCUGUGCAAUGAAAGGGUGACAAUCGAGCAUGCACGUGUACGUCUGCGAGGUGGCCGUGGCAGAGGUGGUGGCGGCGGUGGAGGAGGACGUUUCUCAGAUCGUUAUGGCCGGGGGUCACAGAACAGUCGGAGUCGAAACCCUCCUCCGAUGCGCACGGAGAACCGAUUGAUCGUAGAGAACUUGUCUUCUCGCGUCAGCUGGCAGGACCUCAAAGAUUUCAUGAGACAAGCUGGAGAGGUGACAUUUGCAGAUGCACAUCGCCCCAAACUCAAUGAAGGGGUAGUCGAGUUUGCCUCUUACAGCGAUCUGAAAAAUGCCCUUGAAAAACUAUCUGGAAAGGAAAUCAAUGGCAGGAAAAUCAAGCUCAUUGAAGCAGCCAAGAAGAGGUCCAGAAGUCGUUCCCGCUCUGACAGCUCAUCUCGCUCACGCUCUCGUUCCCGUGGUCGUUCACCUUCUCGCUCCCCGAGACGCUCCCGCAGCCCCGCCAAGGGCCAUAACCGCUCUCGUUCCCGUAGCGGCUCCCCCGGCGGCCCCUCCUCCCCAAGCCCCAAAUCCAAAGAGCCCACCAAACGUUCCUCGAAGACGAGCAAGUCUAACACCCCCCCCUCUCCUCCGCCCGCUCAGAGAGCCUCCAUCUCCCGUUCACGCUCUCGUUCUCGCUCCCGUUCUCGUUCUCCAUCUACUGACAGUCAGCGUUAAACCUGUUCCACCUCGAUGGGGAUCAACAGUAGAUGGAGUUUGUGUCGUCGUUGGAGCGGACACACUGGAAAUCCUACAAACUCCUCUGAAAGGCCAGAGGAGCUUCUCGUCGAGCUUAUACUGAGGUUUUCCUGUCUGGAUUUUUCACAUUUAGUAACAAUACACUGUCGGACAGGAGCAACAACCAUCCAUUAUUUUAUCAUCUUUGGUUUAUUUACAAAAAAAAUGAGAGAACACACUUGAACUGAUUUGGGCCCAAAAUAACUCUAUUAUUUGAGACUCCUUAUUGCUGAAAUUCUCAAUAAUAUUAAUAUUUUAGGCUGCAGGUUCAGCCGUGCAGCUCAGAUAGCCCCAAAUACAAAAGGAGCCAGCAUUCAGGUUUAGUACCAUUACAUUGUAAGGUUUAUUAAAAUAAAAAAAGAGGGAAACGUUCAUACCACUUAGCAUACGUUUUGUGACACUUUUGCUUGUUUUUUGCUUGAAUGUCAGUGGAAAUCUUUUUAUCACUCAGUUUUGUCGUGACUGUUGACAUUAUCUAAACUCUUUCCUGUAUUCUCUUUUUGUCUGAUUUACCGCACCGUCCUCCUACAGAUGGUGUGUGUGAUGUUUAUACUUUAGGAUCCUUGCAUGUGCUAUUUUUUUUCUAAUCACAAUAUACAGUCCUGAUACUUGAGGUAUAUUUAUUUGUUUUUUUUAGAAGUCAAAUACCAACCAAGAGUUUUAAUUAAAUAUUGAACACUCGUGGAUAUGCUGUUACGAAAGAAAUGGAUAUAACUGAUUUUUUUUUGCAACUGUCAUAUUUUUGGGGAGUAUUAUUUUAGGUUUAAGGUUAACUCUUCAAUUUCCAGAUUUUACAUUAUACAGCCAGUUCUAACAUUGUAUUCGAAGUUGUUUUUUUUUCUCUCUCUGAUUUAGGGUUUUGUACAUUGUUGAGGACAUUUUUAAGUAAGUGUGUAAAUGUAAUUCCAAGAAUACUUGUUGGUUCUGUGAGGUUAAUGUGGUUCAAAGGAACAUGUAGACAGGAGUUGGGGAAAAUUACAUUUUUGUACGUAGGGAUUUUAUUUUCAGUGAAAAAUAUGGACAGUUUGUAUCGUGUACAGUAACAAAGGACUUAAACAAAUAAAACAUUUGUCAGAAUCCAA